ACCUGUAUUAGCUGUGUUGUUUGGGGGAGAAGCUAAGAUACCCCGCCACCAGCUUUUAGAACCGGUCUGUUUUUGUGCUGGAGACCUUUUUAUGUAUGCUAAUCCUAAAUCCAAUGAACUGGUCAGAUGUCCUAUUUUGAGACGCCAAUGAAGGCAAGGAGCCUAAGGAUGCCCUUCUCUGUCAACAACUUCAGCUCAUAGUCUGGUCUUGCCUCGCCCCCAUCACGAUGGGACUCACCUAAUUCGUCUCGCUCCAGACAAAAAUGGCUGUCCACUGAAAUCAGGAGCUCUUUGGUCCGAGAGAGACCAAGAAGAACUCGCCCCAACCUCCCCUUCCUCGUCUCUUAUUUUUCAUUCCGUUCCUCAGAAUCUAAGAGGCACCAACUGAUGGAGAGGCGAAGGAGAGUUAGGAUAAGGACAAAGAAUUAGAUCAGGGAGAUCUGGAAAGAACUGCUGAGUCGUCAGGAAAUUUGGAGGGAAAAAAAAAGACCCCUGCUAGGCUUUUUCUCACGUAGCUCCCAAGAGUGAAUAAUUAUUACUCACAUUUCAAAUCUAUUGACUGCAGCAAAAAAAAAAAAAAUCCUACCUCUUAAAUCAUGAUAAGGGGCUUGAGAUUCCCAUGGUGGCCCUUGUUGGCACUGGCCCUGCUCAGCCUGCUCUCCAGAGCGAGGACGCUGGAGUUUGGGGGGGCGCCCGGCCAGUGGGCUCGCUACGGCCGCUGGGAAGCCGGCUCGGUGGGCGAGUUGAGCUUCAGCCUGAAGAGCAACAUCAGCAAAGCUCUCGUGCUCUACCUGGACGACGGCGGCAACUGCGACUUUCUGGAGCUGCUGAUCGCCGGCGGACGCCUCCAGCUGCGCUUCGCCAUCCACUGCGCCGAGCCGGCCGUUUCACACCUGGAGACGCGGGUCAACGACGACCGCUGGCACAUGGUCUUGCUCACCCGCAACUACCGGGAGACCCUCCUGAUGGUGGACGGCGAGACCAAAGUGGCGGAGGUCAAGUCCAAGCGCAAGGAGAUGGCCGUGGUCAGCGACCUCUUUGUGGGCGGGAUCCCGCCCGACGUACGCCUCUCGGCGCUCACCUCCAGCACGGUCAAGUAUGAGCCCCCCUUCAUGGGCUUGAUCUCCAACCUGAAAGUGGGAGAGACACCCCCCACCCUGCUGAACAGCCAGGGCAUCCAGAGCGACCUGGAGUACCUGUGUACCAAACAGAAUCCCUGCUUCAAUGGAGGCUUUUGCUCGAUCCAAUAUGGAGAGGUUCAAUGCGACUGCACCCACACCCGCUUCAGGGGGAAAUACUGCAAGGAAGCUGAGGAGUACGUCGUCGAAGGUCUGGCGCACCUGACGUUAAACGACCAAGGUGACUCAUCUCAAAGCGGAAAGGAAGAGUCGGUAGCAACCUUCAAGGGCAACGAGUUCUUCUGCUACGACCUGUCGCUUACGCCGAUCCAGAGCAGCACGGACGAGAUCACGCUGUCCUUCCGCACGCUGCAGCGCAACGGCCUCAUGCUCCACACGGGCAAGUCGGCCGACUACGUCAACCUGUCGCUGAAGAGCGGCGCCGUCUGGCUGGUCAUCAACCUGGGCUCCGGGGCCUUCGAGGCCCUGGUGGAGCCCGUCAACGGCAAGUUCAACGACAACGGCUGGCACGACGUACGCGUCACCCGCAACCUGCGCCAGCACGCAGGCAUCGGACACGCUAUGGUAACCAUCUCGGUGGACGGCAUCCUGACCACCACCGGCUACACGCAGGAGGACUACACCAUGCUCGGCUCGGACGACUUCUUCUACAUCGGCGGGAGCCCCAACACCGCCGACCUUCCGGGCUCGCCCGUCAGUAACAACUUCAUGGGCUGCCUCAAAGAUGUGGUGUACAAGAAUAACGACUUUAAGCUGGAGCUCUCCCGCUUGGCCAUCCAGCGCGAUCCCAAAAUCACCCUGAACGGCGACCUGGUCUUCCGCUGCGAGGACGUGGCCGCCCUGGACCCGGUCACCUUUGACAACCCCGAGUCUUUCAUCUCCUUGCCCAAGUGGAACACCAAAAAGACGGGGUCGGUGUCCUUCGACUUCCGCACCACCGAGCCCAGCGGCUUGCUGCUCUUCAGCCACGGCCGCCCUCAAGGGCCCAAAGAGCAGAAGCCCGGCAGGGAGCUAAAGACCGAUUACUUUGCCUUGGAGCUGCUGGACGGCUAUUUGUACUUACUGAUCGACAUGGGCUCGGGCAAAACUAAGCUGAAGGCCAGCAACAAGAAGGUCAACGACGGGGAAUGGUGUCACGUGGACUUCCAGAGAGAAGGCAGGAAAGGGUCCAUCUCGGUCAACAGUCGAAGUAUGCCCUUCAGCUCGCCGGAAGGCAGCGAGAUCCUGGACCUGGACAGCGACAUGUACCUCGGCGGCCUCCCCGAGUCCAAGACGGAACUGAUUCUGCCGCCCGAGGUGUGGACGGCGCUGCUCAACUACGGCUACGUGGGCUGCGUCCGCGACCUCUUCAUCGACGGCAAGAGCCGAGAUGUUCGCCGCCUGGCCGAGAUCCAGAGCGCAAUGGGCGUGAGCAGCUUCUGCACCCGGGAGCAGCAGAAGCGAUGCAGCAGCGCCCCCUGUGGCAAUGGCGGCUUGUGCAAAGAGGGCUGGAAUCGCUACAUAUGCGAUUGCACCAGCACGGGAUUCUUGGGCGCCAACUGCGAGAUAGAGGCGACGGUGCUGAGCUAUGACGGCAGCAUGUACCUGAAGAUCAUCAUGCCCGUCACAAUGCACACGGAGGCCGAGGACGUGUCGUUGCGUUUCAUGUCUCAGCGCGCCUAUGGCCUGCUUGUGGCCAGCACGUCCAAGGACUCGGCUGACACGUUGCGGCUGGAGCUGGACGGCGGCCGCGUCAAGCUCACCGUCAACCUCGAUUGUAUCAGGAUAGACUGUAGCCCCAGCAAAGGACCCGAGACUCUGUUUGCUGGCCAGAAGCUGAACGAUAACGAGUGGCACACGGUGAAGGUGGUGCGAAGAGGCAAGAGCCUGCAGCUCUCCGUCGACAACGUCACCGUGGAAGGCCAGAUGACCGGCGCGCACACGCGUCUGGAGUUCCACAACAUCGAGACGGGCAUCAUGACGGAGCGCCGCUUCAUCUCUGUAGUGCCGUCCAACUUCAUCGGCCACCUGCAGGGCCUGGCCUUCAACGGCGUGCCGUACCUGGACCAGUGCAAAAACGGCGACAUCUCCUACUGCGAGCUCAACGCCCGCUUCGGCAUGCGCCACAUCAUCGCCGACCCGGUCACCUUCCGGACAAAAGGCAGCUACUUGGCGCUGGCCACGCUGCAGGCCUACGCCUCCAUGCACCUUUUUUUCCAAUUCAAAACCACCACGCCCGACGGCUUGAUGCUCUUCAACUCUGGCGAUGGAAGCGACUUCAUCGUGGUGGAACUGGUCAAAGGGUACGUCCACUACGUCUUUGACCUCGGCAACGGCCCGUCGCUAAUGAAGGGCAACUCGGACAAGCCGCUCAACGACAACCAGUGGCACAAUGUGGUGGUGUCCCGGGACGCUAAUAACGUGCACACGCUCAAGAUCGACUCGCGCACCGUGACGCAGCACUCCAGCGGAGCCCGCAACCUGGACCUCAAAGGAGAGCUGUACAUCGGUGGCGUGAUCAAGAACAUGUACAGUAAUCUGCCCAAGCUAAUUGCGUCCCGGGACGGCUACCAGGGCUGCCUGGCCUCCGUGGACCUGAACGGGAGACUCCCCGACAUGAUUGCAGAUGCCCUCCACAGGGUGGGCCAGGUGGAUCGAGGCUGCGAAGGACCAAGUACCACCUGUACGGAGGACUCCUGCUACCAUCAAGGGGUUUGUCUCCAGCAAUGGGAGGGUUUCAACUGCGACUGCAGCAUGACGUCCUACGGAGGCUCAUUUUGCAAUGACCCUGGGACAACUUACAUCUUUGGCAGAGGGGGGGCCCUCAUCACGUACACGUGGCCGCCCAAUGACCGGCCGAGCACACGGGCAGAUCGGCUGGCGGUGGGCUUCAGCACGCAGCUGAAGGAGGCCAUCUUGGUCAGGGUGGAAAGCGCCAAGGGACUGGGCGACUACCUGGAGCUGCACGUGGAGAGAGGAAGGGUCGGCGUGAUCUUCAACGUGGGAACGGACGACAUCGCCAUCGAGGAGAGCGCGGUGAUGGUGAGCGACGGCAAGUACCACGUGGUGCGCUUCACGCGCAGCGGCGGGAACGCCACGCUACAGGUGGACAACCAGCCCGUCAUUGAGCGCUUCCCGUCAGGGAACUUUGAUAAUGAGCGCCUGGCUAUUGCUAGACAAAGAAUCCCAUACCGCCUCGGUCGGGUAGUUGACGAGUGGCUACUCGACAAAGGUCGCCAGCUGACCAUUUUUAACAGCCAAGCCUUUAUCAAAAUCGGCGGCGGCGAUAAAGGCCGCCACUUCCAGGGCCAGAUCUCGGGCCUGUACUACAACGGGCUGCAGGUGCUCAAAUUGGCCGCCGAGGGCGACCCCAACGUGCAGACGCAGGGAAGCCUGCGCUUGGUGGGCGACGUGCCCUCGGUGCUCGCCACCGAUACCACUUCUACCACGCCGCUGGCUGACAUGUCCACCACCAUUAUGGAGACUACCACCACCAUGGCCACCACCACCACCCGGAAACAGCGCUCGCCCACCAUCCGGGACAGUGUCACGCAGAAUGCGGAUGACGUUUUGGUAGCUUCCGCCGAGUGUCCGAGCGAUGACGAAGAUUUAGAGGAGUGCGAGCCCGGAAACGGAGGUGACAUAGUCUUGCCCAUUAUAACGGUGGACUCAAUAGACCCCCCCUCCAUGGCCACCCGCUACCCAGUAAUCCCCGCACCCCCCACCACUUAUCGCCCCUUCCUCACCUUACUCGAAACCACCAAAGAGUCCCUCCCCUUGCCCAACAUGCGCCCCCCCUGCCCAAUGGACCAGGAGGACUGCGAGGAAAACGUGGAGGCGUCCGCGUACGGCUCGGGCGAGAUGACCGAGUCGGACGACGAGGACUAUUACAAAAACUCCCCCCUGGUCACCGACAGGACCGUCCUCCCCCCUCCCCCUGGAGCCGAGGGCCAAAACCCCCGAGAUCGCCAUUUCUCGCGCCUCCCUUACGACCACCGCCCGCCCGCGUCCUCCGCCCCCACGGCCGACCCCGAUCAGCUCAGCCCCCGCGGCAAGGGGGCGGCCGGCGGAGGCGGCGGCAGCAACAACAUCCCGGCCGGGAAAAUGAACACUCGGGAUCAGGUGCUGCUGCCGCCGGCCCAGCCCUCGUCGGACCCCGGCCACCGCAGGGCGUCGGGAAUAACCUACCCUCCCGAUUUCCCGCACGUUCCCACUCUAGACCCGACGUCCCCCGAGAGAGGUCUCCCGGGCGCCGUGGAGGUGCAGCAGUCCAGCAGCACCACGGGCAUGGUGGUGGGCAUCGUAGCGGCCGCCGCCCUCUGCAUCCUCAUCCUUCUCUACGCCAUGUACAAGUACCGCAACCGAGACGAGGGAUCGUACCAGGUGGACCAGAGUCGCAACUACAUAAGCAACUCGGCCACGCAGCCCAACGGCACCCUGGUGAAGGAGAAGCCGCCGAGCGCCACCAAGACGGCGCCCAAGAACAAGAAGAACAAAGACAAAGAGUACUACGUUUGAGGGAGCGCCGCCAUGACGCACGGCGGCAGCUCGCGUUUGGGAGAGAGAGAACGAGAGAGGCGGGAAACGUGACAUUUGUGCCAGCCAUCCCCGCCCUCCUCGAGGGAGACGGCAAAGCUAACUUUCAGCAUUGCCGGGAAGUCACUUCUCGCUACUUCCUGUGCCAACAACCGAUUGGGUUCACUUCUUUCUUCAGUCCUGUACAGAAGCACCACCAGUAUCCACGAAAGCAGUAUCCAGUGCCACGUCCUCGCCAUCUCUCUCCUCUCUCUCGCUCGCACUCGUGCCAUGUCUACGGUGCUCGGCGGCUGGCGCCACGCGAACUGUGCCGUGUUUCAAGCAUGUAGUAUUCAUCGAGGACAAAGACAUCAACUUUUUUCUUUACGUGGAGUUCUGAGAAGAAGAAAAAAAAAAAAACACCACUAAAACAUUAGUAGCAAUUUUACGUGCGAUAUCAACGCAGAAGACUCCAGACUAACGGUUGGCCAAAUUCACCUUUGGAUGGUCUGUGUCGUGUUUUUGGUGCCCCCUGGUGGGCCAACGGAGAAACUGUCUCUAUGCCAACCGUCAAAGCAGGAAAAAAGCUCGCCAACCGGUCGACCUCUGCUCUGUAUGAUGCUAACGACGGGGACUUGGCCGAGACAGUGUAGCUAUGACUCUGUUGACGUCCGAAGCAUCAGGAACCGUGCGGCCGUCACUCUUCUCGCUUUGCAAAAAGGACAGAAUGGGAAUUCUGCAGCGGACUGGACUGAAGAGCAGCCUUUGUGGUUCUUUGUCGACUCCCUGGAAGACGAGAGUUCCCAAGUACUCUAGUGUUCCAAUUUUCUCAGCUCUAUUAAAAGAAGACAAAUGUACCAUGAUAAGAAAAAAAAAAGCCGAAAAAAGUUUGUGAAAUGUCUCAAUAUUUGCCAUCACAAAGAGAACCGUGUUCCCUCCUAACCAUCAUUCCUGUUUGCUAAACGAAAAAAAAAAAUCCUGGGCAAUGAGGAAAAGCUCUUUUGUUAUCGGUUUGCCUUUGGUCAAAUUGGGGUAUGUGCUUGUUCAUCAAAUUUAUGUUUUGUCCUUUUUUUUUUUUUUUCUGUAUGGCAGAUCGUAUGUCACUUUUACCCACCUGACUGUUUUUUAUUGAUUGCUUUUUCUAUCUCUUUGCGUCUGUGUACUGACAGACUUGCUGCCACAUUUUCUUUUCUGUUACUCCCCCCCUCCUCCAUCUCCCUGUUCUUUCUAAAUGUUAUUGUAAAGUGUUACAGUGAGAUGACUCCAAAUAUGUGUACAUUAACAGAGGGAAUACACUUGGUUAUAUACUUCUUA